GCAACAAGCGUCCCUAGUGCGAAGGGGAGGGCGGUGUUUCUUGUUCGGUUUUGGUGGUGGUGGUGUUUCUUCUUCUUCUGACGAGAAAGCGAGCGGGAGGGAGGAACUGGAAGUGAAACGGAUUUGGGUUGGGGGCGGCGGUGCCGGCCGGCUAGGACGGUGUUGCGGGCGCUUGCUUCCUUCAGGCCCAGGAAGACUCUGUUUCCCUCAUGAGGAAGAGGAGGGCCUGAGGAGGCCGACAUGUCCGACAACGGCUUCGACCGGGCUCCUGGUGCGGGUCGAGGCCGAGGGGGUGGUGCCCCGCUGGCUCCUGAGAGCGGGGCCCGCUUGGGGAUGAGCGGAGGCGGCGGCAGCGGCAGCACCACCAGCAGUGGUAGCUUCGGGGGUCCCGCGCAGCUUCUCAAGCAGGGCUUCGCACACCACCAGGAACCCCUUCGGCCUCCCAAGACUGUGCCUCCGGGGACCAGCGUCGCCGCAGAACAGACAAAAGCUACAACUUUACCAGAAAAAAAUAGUUCUAAUUCAUCAAUGGCUAAACCUCAAGUGGUUGUGGCUCCAGUGGUAAUAUCAAAGCUUUCCGUGAAUGCACCUGAAUUUUACCCCUCAGGAUAUACCCCUAAUCAUAAGGAAACAUCUUUGGAAGAUGGUUGUGAUGGAUUUCCAACUUUAACAGAGUAUGUGCAGGAUUUUCUCAACCACCUUGCAGAACAGCCGGCUUGUUUUGAAACUGAAAGAGCACAUUUUUCAGAAACUCUAAAUGGCUGUGUCACUACAGAUGAAGCAUUACAAGAACUUGUUGAGCUCAUAUACCAACAGGCUACAUCUGUUCCAAAUUUUUCCUAUAUGGGGGCAAGGUUGUGCAAUUAUCUGUCUCAUCAUCUCACCAUUAAUCCUCAAAGUGGCAACUUCAGACAAUUACUGCUUCACAGGUGUCGGAAAGAAUAUGAAAAUAGAGAUGAAGCCGCCAAAGGAGAUGAAGCUGCACGGAAAAGAUUUCAUGCAUAUGUGCUAUUUUUAGCUGAACUUUAUCUAAAUCUAGAGGUUAAAGGAACUAAAGGUCAACUAACCAGAGCAGAGAUUCUUCAGACUGGACUUCAUGACUUAUUGAAUACGCUUUUCUCUAAUCCUAUGGACAGUAAUUUAAUCUGUGCAGUGAAGCUACUGAAAUUGACAGGGUCAGUACUGGAAGAUGCAUGGAAAGAAAAAGGGAAGACUUAUAUGGAUGAUGUAAUACAGAAAAUUGAAAACGUUGUCUUGGAUGCAAAUUGCAGCAGAGAUGUAAAGCAUAUGCUUCUGAAACUAGUAGAACUACGGUCAAGUAACUGGGGAAGGGUACAUAUAUCUUCAACAUACAGAGAAGCAACUCCAGAAAAUGACCCUAAUUACUUUAUGAAUGAACCAACAUUUUAUACAUCUGAAGGUGUGCCUUUCACUGCAGCAGAUCCAGAUUAUCAAGAGAAAUAUCAAGAACUCCUUGAUAGACAAGAUUUGUUUCAUGAAUAUGAGGAAAAUGGAACAGUCUUACCAGGAGCUGGAGAUCCGUAUUUUGACGACGAUGAUGAUGAUGAUGAGAUGGACCCAGAAAUUGAAGAAGCAUAUGAAAAAUUUUGCUUAGAAUCAGAAUGCAAGAGGAAACAGUGAGAUGCGGCACAUGAAUAUUGGUGUUGCGUGGUUUUUUAAGAAAAACAGAGCAGCAUAGAUAUGAAUAGCAAGUAUAAAGGAUGGAAAAUCUUUAAUGUCCAUACCAAACAAAGGAAAUUAAGUUUCUCCUCAUACUCAAGUUAUGCAAUUUCCAUUUUGUUAAACAGAAUCUGCCAAAAAAAAUGUAAACUUAAAUCCUGUAACUUAAAUAAUGUGUAUAUAUAUAUCAUAGUUUAUUUUAUGUACAGUUCAAUAAACAGUGUUUUGGCUGGAACAAAUUUUAUUUCAAACGUUACAUUAAUCUACAAAUUUGAGGGUUGUUAUAUUAUCACUUUCUGAAAGUAAAAACUCUAGAAUCAAAAAUUACACUAUCACUUAUGGAAUGCAUUAGUACUUCCUCUCCUUUGUGUAGGACAUACCUGUCAUCCCAAUAACUGCCAAAUCAUAUUUCACAAUCAUGAAAAUUGUAAGCACUACUCCGUGCCCCCUUUUCCUGAUUUGCCUUAGACACAGUUUGCCAUAAUGCCUAAACUGGGCAAACUAUAUUAGUGCUAAUCAGGAUUGCUUUCAAAUCAUGGUUUGCAAACAGGGAUAGAGGACAGUCCCACAACAUCUCAUUGUUUUGAGGACUAAAGUAUAAAGUCUGAAUUCUAUUAGUUACCCUCCCUGCGUUUUUCAAAAAUGACACAAUACUGAUUUUAGUUCAAAGUUGCACAAUAAUGUGUGUAGCUUUGAAAUAUGCUAGGAAAUCAACAUUUCUGCUCCUCUUCAGUUUGGUAAUUUAGGUACCAUAUACAAUCACUUGUAUUGUAAACAGUUUUUAUAUUACAGAAAAUAAAAUUCUAAAUGUCUGCUCAUCAUUCUAUCUUCCUUUUUAAGCAUCUGUUUUUGUCUUUAUAAAAUGUUGCCCACGACACUCCUAUAUUUUUUGUUCCUCAUUUUAUAUGGAAUAGAUUUAAGUAGGAUCUGUUUCCUAACAUGAAAUGUAUGUGUUGAACUUCCCAAGAAGUAGGUAAAAUAAUGUCUGUAAAGACAACAGAGCUUGUAAAUAUGCAUGUAAAUAGUGCUGUUUAAUAUUGCACUGUUAUAAUUUGGUACAGUUUGUGUCUGUUAAGAAAGUUAGCAUCAACUAUAUCGUCUGGUGGUUAAUUUUGUUUUGCUUAGUAACAUAUUUUGGAAAAUAAAUUGUUUUG